GAUCACUUGUAUUCUCCCCCGGAUUAUCUUGUCUUCAAGAAAAACAUCUUUUGAAACACUUGGACAGAUAUUCUCUCCAUUGAAGCUGCAGAGCACAUUAGCAUAAGAUAAUAAAUGCUUCAUAAGUUGCAAUAAAUGCUUUCUAAGUUGCAGAGCACAAAAAUAUGCCCGUUUCUGUGGCUCCUUCCCCCUUUACGCCUGCAAAAAGUGAAAAAAAUCAUCCCCCAGUUGUCAGAUUCCUGUCUGAUCAUCUCAUUGAGGUGUUGUUAUUUGUAUCCAUUUUUCUUCUUGUAAUAGGCACAUUAUGGGUUUAUUUUCUUAAAUCAAAGCCCAGGAAGACGAAAGAGUAUUUGGAUGCCAUACAGAGGGUGGAUGAUCCAGGUGAAUGUAAGGAGGACAGUUCUGCUUCUCCCGCCAUGUCUGAUUUAUCUGAGCUUCUUGAUGGCUUAAGCAGAAGAAGCCUUGAAUGUUUGAGUGAGAUUUUGUUUGCUGCAGCUCUGCCUCACUCUCAUCAAUCUGACCCUGAUUUCCAUCAUGGGUUUGGGUUUGCACAACAGGUUAAGGAUUACACUGCAUCCAUGUCAAACUCAAUGGAGGACUCUGUUUCCAUUGAAAUCACUCAAACCUCGGAGUCUACUGAUUCUUUUACAUCAGGUUAGUGAUGCACUGAUAUAAAUCGGUAUAGCCCAAACCUUUUCCAUGAAAUAUAACACAGAUUGAACUCAGCCAAGUUGAGACUGAUUAGUGCUGUUUAUACGGAGAUUAUUGAUCUUAAAUGCUUGAAGGAUUUGAGAAAAUGCCCACAUUGUUUAACGCGCUUAUUUUAUUGAAGGAAUUUUGUGACUUGUUCCUUUUUCUUGGCCUGUUUGUGAAUGGCAAUUUUGUACUGAAAAUACUGUAACAUUUUUUAAAGAUACAGGAAUCACAAAGCCGUGAAUUAGAUAAAAUUUAGGAAAUCCGUUGUAUCUGGGCAUUAUGGACAAAAGAUGAUUGGAAAUCUUUUAUUGAUAGUUUGGAUCUCAUUGAUGUAUGGAAUAAAAUAGACGAUCACAACCCAGUUCUUCUUUUUA